CGCGUGCUGCUCCUGUACCGUAUACGCACCGCACUGCACACGGAGUAUGUGUGAAACGGGCUAAGAUUGUAAAACUGUUGAAGGUUCAGGCACGGAAAGGAGGGGGUCAGGAAGCAAGGUACUAUUCAGAUGCACUCACACCAAGCUGCUGCCAAUAUUUUGCAAGCUCUGCACUGGUGGUCACACGAUUCCAUAGCUGACUCCUCAGGAGACAGUCGUGGCACCUGCUGGACACUCUGGGCCAUCCUGAAGCCUUCUUUACUGCAGCUGAACCUCUCUCCUUGAAGAUCUUGAUGAUCCGAGUUCUGCCUUUUCACCUGUGGCCAACAGACAUACCACAAGACUUAAAGCCUAAAACACACUCAUGUAGCCCAGAACCUUGGCUUCUUCCAGGCUGCAGUUCAGUGUAUGAUAGUCUUGUCAGAUUCCCACCUAUCAGCUGCUCUAAAACCUCACAGUCGACCUACCAUAAUGGAAAAAAAACCUCUGCUUUUCAGAAGCCUCGCAGGUCCUCCAUUCUUGAGAGGUGUAUCCUAAAGAUGUCUACAGCUAGUGUUGCUGUUGGAACGGAGGAUGUAGAUGGAAUCAAGAGGUCACCUUCAGGGCGACAGUGGUGCUCCCACAAUGUUGACCAAGCACAAUUUGAAACUAAUGAGGCAGUUUUGAAGCGCAGACAAAAACAGAUUCAGUAUGGAAAGAACACCUGUGGCUACCAAAACUAUGUGCAGCAGGUUCCAAAGCCCCUGCGCAUCUCUGGGGUUCACCCAUCCACUCCCAACAAAUACCGCAAAUAUAGCCGUAGAUCUUGGGAUAUGCAAGUCAGGCUUUGGCGUAGAGCACUUCACGCAUGGGAUCCACCAUCUGCUUCACAGAAAGACAUUGAAGGACAAGACCCAAUUGAUCAACUCCAGGACCUGCUUGAGAAGAUGAAUACGGAGUUAUGCGAAUUUGGAGAAAAAGAGGGAACAAAGUGGGAGAUGGCACCAGGCUCUUGUGCUUCCAUGAUUUCUCAACCUAAUGACAUAUCAACUGAUAGUCCUUGGCUGUCUUUUAAUGCCUCUCAAGUUGAGAUAUCGUACCACCAGAGCCAAACCUCUCAGCUUGGAUUGGGCUAUACUUUCAGCAGUCAUCUAACUGCUCAGGAGAAUGUUCUAGGAUGGUUGCGAUUUCUCCUUGAGACCGACCACAACCUGAACCAGGCACCUUUGCUGCAAGAAGAGCCUUUCUGGAGAUUUACAUAGUGUCUUGUCAAAUGAUGUGAAUGUCUCUACAGAGCAUGUGCAAAACUUUUUUUCUGGCAGUGUUUGAUGUUCUAAGAAAGAUUACACUUUGAUCACCAUCUCCUAGAUCAGUAUGCUGUACACGUAUGCAUUUCGGCAUCAAGGCAUCAUCUCUAGAUAAAUGUUAACUAUUUCACACUUUCACAUACCAGUUAACACUACUUUGUUAUUGACUUUCUAAUUUUUCACCUGGUGAUUUUAUUAUUUUUUUUAUUAUUUUUUUUCUCUCUCUCUCUCCCAAAAGCAGUAAAGCACAUAUUCUGUUCCUGAUUGGUUCCAUGUUCUUAACACUGUUUCUCCUGUUUGUCACGUCACUGUUUUUCUAAAAACAGACUAAGUUUAGACAUUUUUAUUUUUAUAUAUAUAUUUUUUGUGUGGCUCUCUAAUAUGAAUGGAAUGCAAAACUAAUAAAG